AUGUCUCAAUCCGGGUUCGUAACUGUCCUCGAUAUAUUUCUCUUGAAUUUCGAGUUUGCCGUUGCUGCAAUCUGCGGCACCCGCACCCCCCCUAUGACGAUGGUGUGCCCCGCCGACCUUGGAGGGGGAGCGACCGUUUCGCAGGAAUGCAUAACUGCCUACAAUGACUUGAAGCUGUCCAAGAAGUACAAGUACAUCAUCUUCAAGCUCUCGGACGACUUCAAGGAGAUUGUCAUUGAGGAGGCUUCCGACGACAAGGACUGGGACAACUUCCGAGAGAAGCUCAUCAAGUCUACCACCAAGAACAAGUCUGGUGUCGUUGGAAAGGGCUGCCGAUACGCCGUCUACGAUUUUGAGUACAGCCUGGCCACCGGCGAUGGUGUCCGAAACAAAAUCACCUUUAUUGCCUGGUCCCCCGAUGAUGCCGGCGUUCAGCCCAAGAUGAUCUACGCUUCCUCCAAGGAGGCCCUCAAGCGAUCCCUCACCGGAAUUGCUACUGAGCUGCAGGCCAAUGACGCCGAUGACAUUGAGCACGACACCAUCGUCAAGACUGUCAGCAAGGGUCUUGCCGGUUAA